CCGUAUGACACGCUAAGGGACUCUCGCGCGUAUUAGCAGUAGGCGAUAUUUCCGAGCAGCCCGCGAAGGCAGCCCCGUGACGUCACGCUGCGCCGCCUUCCGUAGCUCUGCCCCGCGUCUCAUGGCGAACUCAGUAGAUCCGCGGAGCUCGGGGAGCGGAGCCGUCUUCAAACCUCCGCCCGGGGUCGAUCUGUAACACAUCUGACGGAACCAAAUGCGACGGACACGGACUAGUAUACCCAGGUAAAAUGGAGGAUAGUUUUGAUUGCGACUGUGGCGAGCUCGAGCCACCCGAUCAUUGAGGGUGACAAUUUACUUUGAAGACUUUAAGGCCAGACUCAUUUCAGUUUAAUUUGAUCAGGUGACUUUACAGGAAGAACAAACUUAUAAUCAGAUUAUCAAAUCCUUAUUUAUUCAAAAAUAAAAUAAAAAAAUCUGAAAUAAAAAAGUGCAUUUAGUCACAUUUUCCAUACUAUGCUGCUCAGGACCAGUCGUACACUGAAUGUAUCUGCACUGUGAGGAUGCAAACGACAUGCUUUUAUGGUUUAACAUAGUCUCAGUGCUUUUUAAUCAGCCACAAAGUCCAUUCCAUUGCAGUCUAUAAACACUAGUCUAAAACAACUCUAUAUCAUUUAAAGAUAUCUAUAUAUGUAGAACUGGAGGUGGAUUGUCAACUUUUACAUUUUCUCUCCUUAAUAAAGAUGGAAGGAACAUUUGACUACACAAUAGUGUCCCGCAUCUGACAGUGCAGGCUAGACAGGGGGGACUCGGCAGUCGCCUGUACAAGGGUCGGUUAGCUCAGCCUCUGAAGCAGUCGGGGGGAUUGUCCAAUAAAUUCCCCUGUUGGUGUUUAAGUUGGACUUGAAAACAGGCCAAAACAUUAGAGGUAGCAGACGCUCAGUGCAGAAGCCUUAAAACAGUCGUCAUGGCAGAGAAGUUUGAGUCGCUGAUGAACAUCCAUGGCUUUGACCUGGGAUCUCGCUACAUGGACUUGAAGCCCCUGGGCUACGGAGGGAACGGCUUGGUGUUCUCGGCAGUCGACACGGACUGUGACAAGCGUGUGGCCGUGAAGAAAAUCAUCCUGACUGACCCCCAGAGUGUGAAGCACGCCCUGCGGGAAAUCAAGAUCAUCAGACGCCUCGACCACGACAACAUUGUCAAGGUGUUUGAGACAUUGGGCCCCAAUGGUCGUACGCUAACCGAGGACGUGGUGUCCCUGACGGAGGUCAACUCGGUCUACAUUGUGCAGGAGUACAUGGAGACGGACCUGUGUCAGCUGCUGGAGAGGGGCCUCCUGUCCGAGGGCCACGCCAGGCUCUUCAUGUACCAGUUUCUCAGAGGCCUUAAGUACAUCCACUCUGCGAAUGUGCUGCACCGUGACCUCAAGCCCGCCAACCUGUUUGUCAACACUGAAGACUUGGUACUGAAGAUUGGGGACUUUGGACUGGCCCGCAUCAUGGACCCCCACUACUCUCACAAGGGUCAUCUCUCUGAAGGUCUGGUCACCAAGUGGUACAGAUCUCCGCGCCUGCUGCUCUCUCCUAACAACUACACCAAAGCCAUCGACAUGUGGGCCGCUGGCUGCAUCUUUGCCGAGAUGCUCACGGGGAAAACCCUCUUUGCAGGAGCCCACGAGCUGGAGCAGAUGCAGCUGAUCCUGGAGACCAUCCCCGUGCUGCGAGAGGAGGACCGGCAGGAGCUCCACAGCGUCAUCCCCGUCUUCAUCCGCAACGACAUGUCCAAACCGCACACGCCACUGGCCAAGCUGCUGCCAGACGUCAGUCCCCAAGCCUUAGAUUUCCUGGAAAAGAUCCUAACCUUCAACCCCAUGGAUCGCCUGACUGCGGAGGAAGCCCUCGCUCACCCCUAUAUGGCCGACUACUCCUUCCCCCUGGACGAGCCUGUGUCCCUGCACCCCUUCCACAUUGAGGAUGAAGUAGAUGAUAUCCUGCUCAUGGACCAGAGCCACAGCCACACCUGGGACAGGUAUCACGAGAGCCAACUGUCCGAGGCUGACUGGCACUUGCACAGCACCCAUGACCCAGACGAAGUUCAGGUUGACCCAAGGGCGCUCUCUGAUGUAACCGAUGAGGAGGAGGUCCAGGUGGAUCCUCGUAAAUAUGCUGAUGGAGAUCGGGAGAAGUUCCUGGAUGAGCCGUCCUUCGACUACUCCAGUAUGUUCCCACCGGAGCGAUCCUGGCAGGACGACCACCAUGAGAACAAAUACUGUGACCUGCAGUGUAGCCACACUUGUAACUACAAGGCGGUGUCCCCGUCCUACCUGGACAACCUCAUUUGGAGGGACAGUGAAGUCAACCACUACUAUGAGCCCAAGCUCAUUAUCGACCUCUCCAACUGGAAGGAGCAGCAGAGCAAGGAGAAGGCGGACCGCAAGGCCAAGAGCAAGUGCGAGAAGAACGGGCUGGUGAAGGCACAGAUCGCGCUGCAGGAGGCCGAGAAGACCCAGAGUCCGGUGGAGAAGGACCAGGAGCAGGAAAAACACCAGACGGAGAAACCUCAGAGCCAGCAGAACCAAGGCUUUGACUUUGACUCCUUCAUCGCCAGCACCAUCAAACUGAGCCUGCAGCCGGAGCCCUGUCAGGAGGCGGCCCUGCUCAGCGAAGUGGGCCUCCUGAACGAGCUCAACUCCUCCGUCUCCCAGCUGGAAGCCGCCCGCUCAGGCUCCAUGUCCAUGUCCAAGUCCAUCAGUCAGGAGAAGGAGGAGAAGUGCCUGGUAAACCUCGCCCAGUUAGGCGGAGGAGGGUCGGGGGUGGUCAGCGGGGAUGGCGCCUGGCCCGCCCACCCCUGGGAGAGCUUCGGCUCUGGGGAGAGGGUGGAGGAGAACGGCUGCUUGAUCGACGAGGCGUGCUGGGACAUUCGCAAAGAGGACCACCUCCAGAAGGAGAGCACUUACACCAGCUACCUGGACCGCCUGUUCAGCCGCAAGGAGGAAGGCGUCGGAGACACCGAGGCCAGCGCGGACACGGAGCCCUCGGAGGGGAGGGACCUGGACGAGGGCUUCCUCGGCAGGAACACAGAGAUUGUGCUUAACAUGCAGCUGGACUCUCUGGCCCUGCCGGGCUUCGACGGCACCGAUGACUUGCCUCUGAAAUCCAUCCAGGCGUCCCUCACCCCCUGCGCUGUCAAAUGCUCCCCACAGAUCGCCCACAAAACGUACAGCAGCAUCUUCAAGCAUCUUAAUUAAAGGAAUAAUGUAUCCUUCCUCACAGUGCAGAAUCUAGACCGUUUUUUUUUUGUUUUUUUUAAUGAUGGUAUAUUAUUGUACUUGAAUCAUUUCAUACCUAUUUUUUAUUAUGGUUACUUUUAAUUAUUUUUAAUCGUUUUUUUUGUUUGUUUUUAGGUUGUUGUUUUUGUAAGAGUCGAGGGGUGAAUUAUUACACUAAGAGAGUUUCGGUCAUCACUCUUAGCCUUGGUCACCAGGCCUUCAUGGCUUAUUGUCCACGCCCUCAUUGCUAAACACGGCAAGUCGCUCGCACACUCAAAGUACUGUAGAUGGACAGAGAGACGUCGAGGAGCCAGGAUUGGACGAGAGGAGAGGGAUUUAAAAGAUGAGGUUUUGGUUGUGACAUUAAGAAGGAUGGUAGGAGACGUUAACAUUACCAUCGGCUUUUUUAAAGUGCUUUCAAACGUCCUUUCCCGGUGAAAAAAAAAGAGGAUAGGCGGUCUUUUUUCUUUUUCUUUCCUUUAUUUUUUGUACUUUAUACCAUUUCCCCCCAAAGAAAGCUUCCUUACAAACCCUUUCAUACUGUAAAUCUGACACAUGAUGCCAGCAGCAACCAUUAUCGUAGGCGUUAAUGUAAAUGUGUUAUCUACCUCAAGGUAACAACCGCGAGAGACACUCGAAGCCGCACUAGUGCUUUACACACACAUGACCAUCCUCAUACCAUGAACUGAAGUGGUCGCGUAGAUGAAAUCUGUCUCACUGAAGCAUUUUUGGACAUAGUGAGGUGUGUUUUCAGUAAUCAUUAUUUAUUUCUAGCAAAUGUGCGAUAUUUAUUUCAUCAGAAGACAUUGUGUUGUUUCAAUGUGAUUAUUGAGAUUUGAAGAGUUGGACAGAGACUUCCGUUUUCAUUUCGACACUAUAUGGGGCGUGUAAGUGUUCCUUUUUCGUUUCACGGCAGGAUGCAAAAAUUUCAUCAAUUCUUUAUGUUCCAAAAGAAGUCGAGGCUUUUUCGUUUUCCAUCAAUAUUGUCCUAUUUGGAUAUCAUUCUUUUUAUUUAUAGGUGCGUUCUGUUUUCAGCGGAAACAAACUGCUUUAUGGUUUAAAGAAGAAGCGCCUAAAAGUCUUAAUUUUUUUUAUCUAAAUGUAAUGUAAAAAAAACAAUUGCGUGCAUGGAAGAAAGAGAAAGGUACAUUCAAAGUAAAGUUAAUGGUGAGUAUAAUGUACAUCCGUUUUAAUUGUACGUUUUUUUGUUUGUUAAAUUUCUAUGUACUUUUUCCAGGCAAGCAUGAUGAAUUAGGUUAAAGGUGUAGCAUGUAGGACACUUAUGGACUUUUUUUGUAAUCAUUGGUUCCCCUGUUCUACAAAAUAUCUGAAAAUAAAAAUUACUGGCAAGA